AUGAUGUACCUCCUGCUUGCCCUGGGCCUGGCCCUCACGUGUGGCACCCAGGCUGUCAACGUCAUCCAGACUAUGGAGGACCUGGACAUCCAAAAGGUGGCGGGGACGUGGCACUCCAUGGCCAUGGCAGCCAGCGACAUCUCCUUGCUGGACACCAAGAGCGCCCCCCUGAGAGUGAACGUGGAGGAGCUGAGGCCCACGCCCCAGGGCGACCUGGAGAUCUUCCUGCAGAAACGGGAGAAGGAUGGGUGUGCGAAGGAGAAAAUCAUCGCAGAAAAAACCGAGAACCCUGCUGUGUUCAAGAUCAACUCCCUGGAUGAGAAUAAGAUCUUCGUGUUGGACACCGACUACAAAAACUACCUGCUUUUCUGCAUGGAAAACACCGCCCACCCCGAGCACAGCCUGGCCUGCCAGUACCUGGCCAGGACCCUGCAAGUGGACGACGAGGUCAUGGAGAAAUUCAACAGAGCCAUCAAGCACCUGCCCAUGCACAUCCGGCUCUCCUUCAGCCCGACCCAGCUGGAAGGGCUGAGGGCCAAGGUGGAGGCCCCGGAAGCGGGCACCGGUGACAAACACUCCACCUGA